CGAGCAAUGGCUGCGAGCCUGAGACUCUGGAGGCUGAAGCCCUCCCGGAUCCUCCGCUGCCCCCUUGCCUCUGGGUUCCGCCGCGGCGCCACAGCUGGAUCGGGGCAGCAGCCACAGCUGGAGAAACUCACCAGCACUCGGCAGCUGGAUGGCAUCAGACACAUUAUCUUGAAUAACCCUAAGAAAAGAAAUGCUCUGUCACUCUCUAUGCUGAUAUGUCUCCGCGAUGAUAUUCUGCAUGAUAUCGAAAGCAAGGCUCUCAGAGUCAUCAUCAUUUCAGCGGAAGGACCUGUAUUUUCCGCUGGCCAUGAUUUAAAGGAAUUGUCUAGUGAACGGGACACGAAGCACCAUAUUGAAGUAUUUGAGACCUGCGCUGAGGUCAUGACUCUGCUCCAAAAACUCCCCGUCCCAGUGAUUGCCAAGGUAAAUGGCUUGGCUACGGCAGCAGGCUGCCAGCUGGUGGCGAGCUGUGACAUUGCAGUAGCGAGUGAGAAAUCCAGGUUUGCUACACCCGGAGUCAAGGUCGGGCUGUUCUGCUCCACACCAGCUGUGGCCGUAGGGAGAGCCCUUUCUAGAAAGGUUGCAUUAGAGAUGCUGUUCACAGGAGAGCCUAUUUCUGCCCACGAUGCAUUGCUGCAUGGACUUAUCAGCAGGGUGGUACCAGAAGACAAGCUGGAAGAGGAGACCAUGAAAAUUGCACGCAAGAUAUGUGAAACUAGCUGGUCUGUUGUGGCACUGGGGAAAGCCACCUUUUACAAACAGAUGGCACUGGACCUUGAUGCUGCCUACAGAAUGACCUCCCAGGUCAUGGUGGACAAUCUGACCCUGAAGGAUGGACAGGAAGGAAUAGAGGCCUUUAUUCAGAAACGCAAGCCUACCUGGUCACAUAGUGUGAACACAGCUUGCAAAUGAGUACGCUCAGGCUUAGCUAACUCACACCAGUGUCUUCUAUGUGAAAGUCCCAGGGACUGUAUUUUUGGUGUUGCUGAAAACUAUAUUUCACUUCUGUAUUGUGUAGCCCUGGUGAGGAUGAUGGCCACUGGCACUGGUGAUGAGGAAGGUAUGUUCAGCUUGGACUAUGGGCAAGUCCUCAGAUGGUAUAAAUUGGCAUAGCGCUGGUAAAAGUCACUGGAACUAUGUUGGUUUACACCAGCUGAGGAUCUGGUCUUCUGUCAUUAAGAGGCAACAAUAUUGCACAGCUAUUGGAUGGUAUGUCCAUGGUUCAGCAGGGAGAGUGCCUCUAAGCAAAGAUACUUUGUUCCUAACAGUGAAGUUCUAUGCUACUUUGUUUGCUUCCCCAGGUUUUGCAUAGUCAAUUAAUGCAGUUGCUAAAUCUCAUGGAUUUCUUUCUUCCGAAUGUUGGGAUGGAGAAUGCUAUCUCCACUCUCCUUCUUUUUUCCAUCUGUAAAUAUUUGGCAAUGUUUGCCCCAUUUAUCACAUACAUCGAUUUGCUAAAUUUACUAUAUUUAGCUCUCCUAUUCCCCUUAUAGUUCAUUUAUAUCAGGAGCAUGAUUUUCCACUCAUAAUGCAUUUUCCAAUAGCUAUAUGUGGUCAUUUCUUUUAGGUCUUUCUUUUCUCUUCGUUCUUUUGUACUCAGCUCAAUCCUGUUGACAUGAGGCAUUUUUUGGGUUCUCCCUCCCACCCCCAUGUUGUCCACUGAAUUCCCAGCAUUCUGCAUAUAUUUGUUUAGGGUUUUCAUCUUCUCUGUUUCCUAUAACUUUUGCCCAAACGCUUAAGUUCAAUAACUUCAAUCUUAACGCUACAGGCACUUCACCAGCAGCUAACUGCAUUAUACACAAUAGUGUUGUGAUGAAGACACCACAUACAAUGCAUAAUGUAUGAGCUUGGAUUGCGUCUAGCUUCCUUAAGAUUGUUUGCGAUGCUGAACUAAAUGCUUGGCAUUGGUACUCAGUAUUUGGUCUUAUUAAUGCUCUAUAAUGCACUACCAUUGCUUUCUUUUGUGCUCAUCGGGUGGGUCCAGAAAUACUUUAAAAUAAGUUGAGUUUACCUUUACAUUUAUCUACACUAUUUUCAAUGUGAUCCUUCCAUGUUAGCUUCCUAUCAAAUGUGACCCCCAGGAAUUUAUAGCUUUUAACUAUACCUAUUAGCUGUUCAUACAGAGACAAUUAAUCUUUUUAAUUUUCUUUUUAGUGACUAUCAUUCCUUUCAUUUUGAGAAUUGAAAAUUCAAAGCCCCACAUUUCCCCAUUCGGCAGUUUUCCUAAGCACUUCAUUCAUUUGUUUCUCACCUAUUUCUUGGUUUCAGUUUUUAGCCCAUAUGGCGUGAUCAUCCGAAAACCAGGAUGUGCCUAUUCCUGCACUCGUCCUUUUGGGGAGAUUGUUUAUCAUUACAUUGAGUAAGAUACAGCUGAGAACACUCCCCUGCGGACUGCCAUUUAUGAUUGUGUAUAUAUGCUAAAGUAGGCUUUUCCUACUCUGACCUGCAUAGUUCUUUUACUUAAGAAAUCUUUUAUCCACCUAUAUAUUCUUCCUUUUAUGCUAAUGGAUGAUAUUGUACGCAAUAAGCCCUGUCUCCAUAACAUGGCAUAUGCUUUUUCAAUAUUUAGGAAAGCUACUAUCAUUUACUCUUUUUCUCAGACUUUUUUGUGCCUCCAUCUCUACUCUUAGUAUGUGAUCAACUGUACUCCUUCCCCUCCUGAACCCAGUUUUCGCAUUGUCUAUAAGUCCUUUUUUUUCUAGAUAUGUUGUUAAUUGUUCAUUCGUUUUUGCCAUGGCUUUACCCAUACAUGAUGUAAGGGCAAUUGGCCUGUACAUAUCAGGUCUUUUUCGCAGCUUUCCUGGUUUCCAUGCUGGGACUGCAACCACAUGUUUCAUCUCUAUUGGUAGCUCACCUGUUCCCCACACACUGUUGUAUAGUUUUAGUGGUAUUUUCAGACUUCCUUCAUCCAGGUGUAUGAGCAUUUCGUUCCAUACACCAUCCUUGCCUGGUGCAGAGUUAUUGCUUUUACCGAUAGCUUUUUGAAGUUCCCUCAUACAGAAGUUUUUGUUUAAUAUUGUAUUCUCAUCUCCCUCCCACCUCUUCCUGUUCUCGUGAUUCUCUUUAACAAUUUUUCCCCAUCACACAGAUUUCUAUAUCUGAUCUUCAUCAUUGCUAACAUUGUGGAAUAUUUCUGCUAGGGCUUCUGCUUUUUCUUUGUUCAAGCUUUUUGUCCCUUGGCCUUCUACGAUGAGGCCUGCUACAGAAUUGCCCUUACUCCAUAUUCUAUUCAUUUUCCGAAUCUGCCUGAUGUUUUAGUAUCUUUAUUUAUUUUCCCACCAUACUUUCUCCAGCUUUCUUCCCCCGCUUCAUAAUUACCUUUCUUUUAUAUUUCAUUAAAUCCUUAGUAUUCAUUAACAACAAGGAGUCUGGUGGCACCUUAA